UUGCCUUCAGGCCUAACCUCGCAGGGUUAUCAGUGUGGUGUGUGCGGUAGUGUCUUCCAUCGAAUCUGUCGUAUAUUCGUGGAAGAGCAUCCGCCUUGUCCAGGUCGAAUGCUCGUGGAGAGACCACCACCUCUGCCGCCAGAAGCUUUCAUCUUUCCUCCUCAAGACACCGAUCUUUACCAACGCGAAACGAAACUCCCAACUGCCGCUCCGAUCAUCAAGCACACCUACUUUACUGUUCCACUUGAAAAACAGAUUACUGACGCUGACGAUGUACCCAUUUUCCUCUCCACUGCUACCCGAAUCUUCGAAAAACUGGCCACUUUCAAUGCAAAGGGGACACCAAAACGCCAGGCUCGUCAACAGUCUUCCACAUCAACUCCUCCGCUUCCUAUGGCGGACUGUGUAGGAGUAUACCGGACUUCCGCAAACGGUCAGGAGCUCUACGAACUAGAGUGUGCUUAUGCCGAUCAACUUCCAACGGACAUUGAGACCAAACCCAUCCAUCCCUUGGAGAAAAGUCUCGUUACCCUAGCGCAGCUCAUCAAACGCUUUCUUCGCCAACUCCCUCAACCCGUUAUUCCAGUGGAGCUCUUUCAGCGGACACUGGACCUGGCUUCUUUGCACCCACUCAUGCACGAUUCGAAGACUUCACCCAAUGACGCAUCUAAAAUGGAGGAAUUUCUCUCCGCUCUUCCACCUCGCAACUUAGCAACCCUUCGCCACUUGAUGCUACACGUCAGUUUUCUGCUGUGCCAUCAGCGUCUUCUCAAGGUGCGACUGUCUACUAACAUGCCAUCCAAAUCCCAGAAGGGUCGUCAAUCGGACAGUGUCUCCACAGCUGUCAUGGAUCAAUUGGAUGACCCUAGACAAAUUCUCACCGUUUUUGCUCAUGUUCUUUUGUGGCCUUCUUGGAAGAACGUGACCCUUCUCGCCUCCCAGGAUGUGGAAUCCAAACGUCUGUUUGCUCUGGAUUGCCUCUUUGAGCACUUCAAUAAAACACCGGGUUCGACGUCCGGUCAUGGUCGGUCUGCACGUUCAGUGCAGAGUAAGUCGUCAUCUAUUAUGAUUUUGAACUCAUAA